GACAGCCUAAAACGCGUUCUGUUGAAUUGUUCCGUCUAAAAAUAAAGUCGAACCAGCUGAGGAAGUCGAUUUCAAUUGGUUGUUCCUUAAAACGUUUUGUGCGAAACAACGUUGUGUCAUUUCAUUGAGAGACACGUACAGGUCGAAUAGCUUUCAGGGGAGACCGAUACUUUCACGCCCUAAGUUUAAUUUUCCUCAUAAAAAGAAUCUACAAGCGAGGUCUCAUGAGACAAUGAAUCAAACGAAAGAAAGCCAUCUAUUCAACGAACCAUGGAACGUUCGAAGUAAAGAGUUCGUUAUAGCUGUGACAUUGUUAGGUAAGUGACAUAUGUACAUUGUAUGGGUAUUAAACCACAUUAUUUCGCCUUUACUUAAUAUAUUGUUUGCAUGCCUUUAAAUAGAAGAGUUAAAAUUCUAAAAUGUUUUCAAUUACGAUGAUAUUAAUUGUUAAAUGAAGCGUCUGGGUUCACAGGGUAUCGGUUUACUUUAGUGUUGGAGUUGGCAAAUGAAGUUCUUUUUGGCCUCGUUUUUGUCUAAAUCUUGUUGACGAAAUGAAGACUUUUAAUCUUUAAAAACAACUGAAACACAUUUUCCUGUAUUUUUAGGAGGAACAAAAUUGAGCGGGACGAUAUAUGUUUUGCAUAACGAAUUAGAGUCACCUUAGCAUUAUUUGUUAUUAAAAAAAUCAUUAGAAUGCAUAGUAAAGGGUCGUUGGAUGUUUAUAAAUAAAAGGCAAAAGUAACGAAACGUUAGAAACCCUUUUCCGAAAUGUACAUCUCAACUCCUACCAAGAAAAAAUUGAGCUUUAAUUUACAAAGAUACUCUCAACUAUUCAGGCUAAACGUUAAUAAUCUACAUUAGACACUCGUUAGAAGCUUUUGUGUCACGUCUGAUCUUAAUUCUGAUGACCUUGUUAUAAUCGGAAUGUUCUAUUAAUAGUGCCUUUUGAGGGAUAUAUUUACUAGCGAAAUGAAGCCUUCAUUUGACCAAAAUAAUUGCGAUUUACCAAAGAAAUCUUGUCGAGUAUAACAUAUGUACAACAGACUAAAACAAAUCUAUUUUGGAAUUAAUUAACCCUAUUCAGACCGGGUAUCUAUUGGACUGGAUUUCCCUUGCUCUAUCGGCUCCGGUUUUGUUCUUCCCCGAGAAGAGAUUGUUUUCGCUUGAGGAAAGCAGGCUCAUAUCCCGAACAGCGGCUGGUAAUGGAGCCCGGGCAUUUAUUAGGCGCGGCAUCCUAACAUCUUAACACAGAAUUGUCCAUCAUUGUUAAAGUCUCGGUAUAAUUGAUUGAUACCAUGACGAAAUUUGACAUCAUUAUGAAGCCAUGUUGGCUUAUGGCUGAACCCAUACACUUCACCAUUCUUUCCCCAAAAUAGCUAUAAAGCGAAAAGCAUUGUGCUGAAAUAGGAAGUUGUCGAUAAAAUCAUGAAGUGGUUUAACAAAUUGAUAAUCUUAAACAAUUGAAUUCACGUAAUAAUGACGUCGUUAAUAAUUAAAAAGAAACUAGAACAAUCCACCAUCAAUCAUUUUGCAUAAAAACCCAUCUGAAUCGAGGUUAUUGUGAUGUGAAAUUUUAAGUCCUUGGUGUUAAGGUGGCUAGACACAGUUUUUCAGGGUCAAUACCUCCCAAGUUUGAACAUAAACAACGUCGCCAUAAACAAAGAUUUGGAAAAAUUGCCACCACCCUUGUAUUAGAUAAAGAUGAAAAUUUGUCAUGAUCAGGGUUACAAUGACAUCGGAGUUGUCAUAGCAACGAAAUGACGCCAUCACCUAUUUACUUGCAGGAACUGUUCUUCCAAAAUCGUUCACGGGAGCCUCUUCCUCCAAUAGCCGCCUCUGGAUGUUCGGUGAAGUUUAAGCGGAAUCUGUUAGAGCGUUAUCGAGAUAUUUAUGGUUAGAAAUAGGGUAAAAAGUGGACGAUCUUGAUGUUCGGCUGUUAUCUGUAGAAAACGAAGCGCUUUUGGCUUGCAUUUUCACCUCAUAGUAGUUUCAAUCUUUUUAAAAACGUUUGUGAAAGAUCAUGGAGAUAGCUUCAGCCGAUUUCUAGAAAGAGGGAUUUGAUUAAUAUGAAUUGAGGAGCUCGUGUUAGCGGUUUUGUAAAUGUUCCGGUGUAAUUGAACAAAUAUAAAUUAGCGAAUAAUUUUUAAACCACUCGAUAGAUUUUUUUAAAAAUUUAAGAUUCUUGACAUUAACCCCCCCUUUUAUAUGACCUUUUGUUCACGGGCCUUUAAAAUACCGGUUAACCUAACAAUAAAUGAUACGAUAAACUUUGUAAAAAUUAACACGAAAACUUGAUAAUCUUGCCCAAAUGAAAUCUUCCGUCACAAAUACGCCUUGGGAGACAGCACAUUUCCUUAAAAAAAAUAAUAAAUAAAUGCAAAUGCAACAUAAUGUUUCAACAGGGUUAAUCUUGAUCAUUGGACUUCUUGGCAAUGGAAUCGUGGUAGCAGUUAUCUCAAACUUGCGCCGGCGAGGUCAGAAAACAUCUGUUCAGCUUUUUCUCCUUAACUUGGCCGUCUCCGAUCUGAUGGUGUGUUUGCUGUGCAUUCCCCUAACCAUCUUCACAAAUUUUUACCACCCCAAAGAUAUGACCAGAAGAGAUUAUGGUUUCUGCAAGUUAGCGCGAUUUAUGCAGGUAAAAUAAUUCUAAUGUUAAGCUUAGUGCAAACCGACGUUUAUAACAACUCCCAGCAUUGUUUACCCUAAAGUUUGACCGGUCUCAAACUUUGCGAAAUUCAACAACUCCAAACAACAAGCCGCGAAUAAUAUGCAACAAGGUGUGCAAACGGACAGCAGGAGUGGUUGGCCAAAAAUGUGUGUCCGUUUGGACUGGGCUUAAAGUAGAUUCAGGUGGUAAUUUCAGAGGACCUAGUCGCAUUAAUAGGCGUAAAAACCAUUUUUUCAGACCAAAUAAAUUUUUAAACUCUUUCAAUGAAGACAGAUAUACUAAAGCCCCAAGCAAACGUACGAAGCAUUGUUGGUCAAGAACUCCCAGCAUUGUUUGGAUGCAUGUUACUUGCUUUUGCACACUCUUGUUGCAUGUUGUUGCGUGUUGUUGGGACUUGUUGCGCAAGGUUUGAAACCGGUCAGACUUUAAGUUACGUGAAAACGGACUCAACAUCGUUGGCCAACAACUCCCAACAUUAAGAGUUGCUGGCCAACAAUGUUGAGGCCGUUUGCAAAGGGCUUAAACUUGUUCUCGCGGCAGCAAAAUGGUCCAAGAGCGCCAUGACUUGGGGUUUGUGCGGUUGUUUAAUUUAGUGUAUGUACUAGGCGGGUGACGACAAAAGGAACUACAGAGCGAAUCGAUGGAUAGAUGGGUGAAAACGUCCCGGAUUAACUGCAUAGUUAUGUAGAGAAUUUGAAACCGAAUUCUUUAAAAGAAAAUCAAAAAUGUACUCAAACUGCAAUUUUCAAAUUUGACGUGUAAACAAUUAUUCCAAAGAAUCCGGAUUCUUUUCCGCUUGCGAAUACAUGUGAGUGUAAUUUUAAUUUGAGGCUAUAUGAAAUAUAUAAAUGUCUGUGUGACAUUUCUCUGCAAUAUGGCUCCUCGUAUCUCCCCAAAUUAUAACCAUAUAUCUCUAUAGAACAAUACAGAAAACUACGAAAAACUACGUAUUCAGUGUGUUCUGUAAUCUAUUUCUUUUCCGCAGUACCUCAAUCCAAUAAUCUCAGUCAGCCUGAUGACAGCAAUAAGUAUUGAUCGGUACAUGACAUUUGUGAAGCAGGAACUAACGUGCAUCAAUAGACCUUGGUAUCUCAGGCCGGCCUGGUUGAUCGUCUUUGCUUGGGUAUACGGUACAGUUCAAUGCCUUCCGAUUUUUUAUACCAGCGAUUUCAUUCGUCUUGAUUAUAAUAACAGCACCAUAUACUACUGCAGCACUACGCAAGGCCAGUCUCUUGAAGGAACAAUUUAUCUCGUUGCCUCAGUCUUACUUGGGUUCGUGAUACCUUUAGCAGUCUUAACUAUAUCAUAUCGCAAAAUUAUAAAAGUGAUAUCGACCAGGAAUCGCAGACUUGCUGCGUCUGCAGGUGACAUAUCCAGUCCCAAAAUCACAAAUGCCAAGUUGCUGGAAAAGUCCAGAAGAAGGGUGCUUCGCGUGUUGGUUAUUGUUGUCAUCUGCUUUGUCGUCUGCUGGUUGCCUUUCGCUCUCUACUUUGGGCUACUGGUGCAGCAUCUCAGGGAAUUUCCGAACGUUAUGGAUCCGGUGCGCCUCAUAACCUAUGGACUGGGCAUAUCAAACUCGGUCUGUAAUCCUUUUAUUUACUUCUUCAACGUCUGCGGCAAGUCCUAUCGUUCCAUGAAAAGUAGGUUCCUUGAGGUAUUGGGAAGGAGGGAGAGAUUAUCGUCUCAAAGAGUAGUAACCAGGUCCUUGUCUUCACGGUCCGCCUGCAUAACCAAACAAGACGAGGCCAGAAGUAGAGGAGUUGGAUGUUAAUUCACUUUCUGUUGUCCGAUAAAAAAACGAUAUCAAAUACAAAAAUUGCAUUUGUAAACAAACUUGCAGAGUUGGGAGAGUCUGGAUCAAGCCAAGUUCUAAAUCUGUUAAUCACUGCAUCAUGCAUGGCAGGAUUUUUUUAAAGUUUUAUUUACUUUUACCAGCUUUUCUGGACACAGGCCUGCCCAUAGGGAAUGGGCUCGAACGGAACUCAUAUGUUCCAUGCAAGGUGCCAUCCCUACCCAAUCUCACAACCCGUAGAGUUUGGACACACCACCGAAGUCUACGUCCCCUACUCUUCUCGAACAGUGGUGUGGGUUCUUUUACGUCCCACAAGAACAGAUCAGUGAAAGUGCUGUGAGACGGAACCUACGGUUUUUCGUCCUUAUCCGAGAAGACUAGAAAGUCUAACCAUUUGCAGAUGUCGUUACAAAGGCAGCACUUUCUUCUCAGUUAUUUAAAGACCCUGAGUGUUAGUCCGGUCGGUGUUUGAACCCGCGACCUCCCGCUCGGCAGACCGGCGCUCUCCCAACUGAGCUAACCAGGCAACAGUAUCGGCUCAUAUUAUUAAGGACGUUACUGUAGGUUUUCCUCCCUGCCUGUAAAUCUUUUCCU